UCGAAAAUUUUGAUAUUUUUGUGUUUUUCGAUUCUUCUAGGGUCCCUGGAUGCUCGUUUCUCUUCAAGUAGCAGUGAAUCUUGUGAAGGAGGUGGACACCAUGGUGGUGGAGGAGGUGGUGGUGGUAACAAUGGAGGCGGAGGGAAUAACGGAUGUGGCUCUGGAUGGCAAAGAUUCAACCGACCAUCCGGUGGAUGGUGCAUCAAGGUCUUCCGAGGGGAACACACACAAUCUGGAGCCGAAUCCAGAUGUCAAAAUGUUGGAGCCAGAUUGACAGGAGUACAAAGUCAAUCCGAGAUUCAAUAUAUUACAAGAUCCGCCUUAAAUCUAAUCUCCCAAUCCAGUGGAUCCGUCUGGUUGGGUGCCCGUAGAACGUCUCAAUGCAGCACGUCCAAACUCUCCACAUCCUGCAGUUCCAUGAAUUCAUUCCGUUGGACCGAUGGCUCCACAACUGGAACCGCUGGACUCAUCUGGAACACAAAUCAACCGGAUAAUGCACAUGCUCAGCAACAACAGUGUAUGGUUGUGUUGGCAACACGUGGAUCAUCGGUUACCGAUCAAUGGACAUGGUAUGGGAACCGAUUGGACGAUGUGAACUGUGCUGGAAAUGUUGGAGAGAACGCAGUGAGAACGAUUCGAGCAUAUGCUUGUGGAAAGAGAGCU